AUGAGUUGGGAAUCUUCCGUGCCUCUCAUUAGACAAGAUGCCGAGAGUAGUAAUCAUAGUUCUGAGGGACGAAGAAAUCCCAAUAACCCCCUAAAGAAUGAACAAGUAAGCAAAGGAAUCACUAGAAAUCACCCCAAGACAAUUGGCGGAGAUCUAGGAGAGCAUGAGCAGUUACCUGAAGAGAUUGUAACUAUAAAAGGAGGAAAAAGGAGGAGGUUGACUAUCCUACGCAGCAGGAGAUGCCCCGUAAAUUUCUGCAAAGAGCAAGAAUCCCAGAGAGUCCGUAUAAAGGGAAAACCUAGAAAUCAGAAGAAACUCAAGCCAAGGAAAGAUAAUGUGAAGGAGGCCAUAUAUCUUCUCUUAGAAACAGGAAGCACAGAUCUCUUUGAAUCCAAGGAAGAGAAUUCUUAUGAGAGCAGUUACGUCACCUAA